ACAAACUAACCUAUUCCUUUGUGAUGCUCUGUUUUCCUCAGGAGAAGAGCAUGGCCUCAUACGGUGUCGUUAUUUUCCAUUUCCUCUUCUCCAUCGUCCUUUUUUCAAGCAUUGUUGAUGCUGCCGGUUUGAUAGGAGUGAACUACGGCCGCGUGGCCAACGAUCUACCCACCCCAGAUAAGGUGGUGGAGCUUCUAAAAACAGAGGGGAUAGACAGAGUUAAGCUCUACGACACCAACACGGAGGUCCUCACAGCCCUGGCCAACUCAAAUAUAAGCGUCGUGGUUGCCCUUCCCAACGAGCUACUCUCCUCUAUAGCCGCCAACCAGUCCUUCGCCGAUAAUUGGGUCCAAGCCAACAUCUUGAAACACUAUCCCGCCACCAACAUUGAAGCAAUUGCAGUCGGAAAUGAGGUCUUCGUCGACCCCAACAACACCACGAUGUACCUCGUACCCGCCAUGAAGCACGUUUACAACUCCCUCGCGAAGUGUAACCUCGAUUCCGCCAUUAAAAUCUCCUCCCCAGUUGCUCUCAGCGACUUGCAAAGCUCAUACCCCCCUUCAUCCGGGUCGUUCAAAUCCGAAUUGAUUCAACCAGUAGUCAAACCCAUGUUGGAUUUCCUCCGCCAAACCGGAUCAUAUCUCAUGGUCAAUGCUUACCCCUUCUUUGCAUACUCGGCCCAUUCCGACACUAUCUCUCUAGACUACGCUCUGUUCAGGAAUAACUCCGGCGUUGUGGAUUCCGGCAACGGGCUGAAGUACUACAGCUUGUUAGAAGCCCAGCUGGACGCUGUUUUCACCGCCAUGUCCGCACUCAAUUACAACGAUGUGAAGAUGGUGGUAACGGAAACAGGGUGGCCGUCGAUGGGGGACGAGAACGAGAUUGGCGCAGGUGAGGAGAACGCGGCGGCGUAUAACGGGAACUUGGUACGCAGAGUUUUGACCGGAAGUGGCACCCCCUUGAGACCACAGGAUCCACUCAACGUCUACCUAUUCGCCCUCUUCAACGAGAACGAGAAACCGGGGCCCAGAUCGGGGCGGAAUUACGGGUUAUUUUACCCGAACGAGAACAAGGUGUAUAACAUACCUUUAACCCAAUCGGAGCUCCAGAGCGGGGAGUCAACGCCGGUCAGCGGCGGGAACAAGAGUCAGGCUCCGGCCUCCAGAGUCCGGGUCAGUGUUUGGUUGUGUGACCCGAACACGCUCGAGGUGCAGGUUUCGUACCCCUUCAACAGUUUUUCCGGCGUAGAAAUUCGCCUUAAACUGUCAUUUUCAGAAGAAUUCUCGUGGCGCUGGCACGUGCGAUUUUGGUUUUAUGGUAUGUUUUUAUAUAUUUAAUUUUUUUUAAAGUAGUGUAUUUGUAUGUUAAUUGUGUUCACAUGAUAU